GAGGAAGAAGACGAGCAGGUCGACUUCUGCGAAUCCUCCGAGGAUUUUCCAUCUCCUUACGGUGGUUUGGAGGAACCCCCCGACCCCCCCGGCCCGGCCCCUCGCCCUCCUCUCCCUAUGGACGUUCAAGGCAACCAGAUUUUAGUUUUCCCCCCUCAAAGCGGAGCCGAACACGGCGCCGUUCGACUGACGGCGGCUCCGGAUGGUAACAAAAUCUUCAUGUGCCACUGCGGCAAAGCCUUCUCCCAUAAAAGCAUGCGAGACCGGCACGUCAACAUGCACCUCAACCUGCGACCUUUCGCCUGCCCCGUCUGCAGCAAGAAGUUCAAGAUGAAGCAUCACCUGACGGAGCACAUGAAGACCCACACGGGCCUCAAGCCCUACCAGUGCGACGUCUGCGCCAAGAAGUUCAUGUGGAGGGACUCCUUCGUCCGGCACAAGGCUCACUGCGAGAGGAGGCACCGCGCCGCC